GGGUGCGCCCUGCUUAAUAGCAGAGGGUCCGAGCCGCGACCGCAAGCUCGGCAUGUGCCGGAGUCUCGCUGCACUUUCCCAGCCCCCCUGCCAGCAUGAGGGGGGUCGGAGGGAGGGAGGCAGCGAGGGGGACAGGGCGAUCGGCGUCCAGCAGCAAACGGCCGCUGCGGAGCCGCGGCUUCCUGGAAGCGGAGCGCAGCUGGGUGGCGGACGGCGGCGAUAAGCGGCGGCUAUCGGGGCCCUCCCGGCGACACGGCCUUUCCGCGUCCCCGACGGCCGCCGCGGCAGCGCUGCGGGACUGCCGAGGGGACAGGUAGCCGGCAGCUGGCCGAGCCGGCUCCGGGCGGAGAGAGAGAGGCGGCGGCUCGGGCCGCUGCGUCCCGGCGGAGCUCCGGCCCGGCCCCGGCGACGAGGUGUACCAGGAAGCGGCGUGGCAGCUGCGGCGCUUCGGGCAACGGCAGAGGAGCGGCGUUCGAGGGCCGCGGGGCAGCCGAGGCACCGGCACCGCACCGGAUCCAGCAGACUUACUGAUUGGCAAUCAUGUCGGUCAAACUCACAUUCGUCUCUUCUGGUGAUGGAGGUGGUAUCAGCAGGAGUUGUUCCUUCACUGGAUUCAGCACUGUGCAAAGCAGAAAAUUAGCAAAGUCUCUCAGCAGAAGCUCAGUGAGAUCAAGAAUGUCAUUGAAAUCCCCCAAGGCUUAUUCUUCACUGCAGAAAGCGGCAGUCAUCUGGGAUCCAAAACCACUGCAGGUGAAGAAAACUUUUGAAGCUUUGAAGAAAGGACUCAAUGAGUACUUGGAAGCACAUCAGGCUGAGUUGGAUUACCUUUCUGAUCGACACAAAGAUACAAAAAGGAACUCCAGAUUGGCCUUCUACUAUGACCUUGAUAAGCAAAUUCGCUCUGUGGAGAGAUACAUUAGAAAACUGGAGUUCCACAUAAGCAAAGUAGAAGAACUCUAUGAAGCUUACUGUAUCCAGUGCAGACUACGAGAUGGGGCCACUAAUAUGAAACAUGCCUUUUCCUUGUCUCCUUCCACCAAAGCCUCCAGGGAGAGCCUAGUGGAGCUCUACAAGAACUUUCAGGAGUGUACAGAGGACAUGUGCUUCAUAGAAGGGGCGUUAGAAGUCCAUUUAGGAGAGUUUCACUUGAAGAUGAAAGGCUUGGUGGGAUUUGCGCGUCUCUGCCCAGGUGACCAGUAUGAGGUUUUUGUGCGACUGGGACGCCAAAAAUGGAGGCUGAAAGGCAAGAUUGAGACUGAUGACAGCCAAACAUGGGAUGAUGAAGAAAAGAUCUUUAUACCCAAUCUCCAUGAGCAGUUUGAAAUCAAGGUGACAGAACUGCGAGGACUGGCCACAGUUCUAGUUGGUGUCGUGACGUGUGACUGCAUAAACUUCUUUACAACCAAGCCUCAAGCAAUCAUUGUGGAUAUAACCGAACUGGGCACUAUCAAGCUACAGCUGGAAGUCCUCUGGAACCCCUUUGACACAGAGAACCUGUUUUUGUCACCUGGAACCACUGCCAAGUUUUCUGUGGGUAGCAGGAAGAGCUCUUUAUACAACUGGACCCCACCAAAUACUCCCAGCUUCAGAGAGAAGUACUACUCGACUGUUUUGCAGCAAAGACAGAACCAAGGGGAUGUAAGUGGUGAAGCUCAGCCUCCUAGCAUACUGAGUUACUUGGCUGCCUGUGAUUUCAGUGAACGUGAGAAGAGUAAACCUCAGAAUCCUGCAGAGUCAAGUGAAGGAGACUCAUUCAGCUCUGAGGAUCAGAGAGGGACAGAAUCCAGAAUUACAGCUCAAGACCAUAGGACAUUGCCAUUGGUGAUUAUUCAAGAGACUUGUGCAGAAGAGCAAUAUCCUCUUCCAAAUCAUGCAACUCUAGAUAUUCUGAAGAAGACUCCAUGUGUGGACACAUUUCCAAGUAACCCACCUAGUUUUCUGAGUCAUGGAAAAUGUGGUAGAAGUUUAAACCAGACCAGAAAUGGCGUUCUGACAGAACAAGAAAGCAUUAGCCAGAGAAGCUUGAAUGCUGCAAAUGACAUAAAACCAGAUGGAUGUGCAAAGUCAAUUGACAAGACUCUCCAAGAAGUGUUAAAUUUGCUGAAAUUCCAUGAUGUUGGGCAAGCCCAGUUGGAGAAAUUGGAAUAUCAAGUUUUAACUCUGAGGGAUAAAUUAAAGCUAAAGACACUUCAUCACAGACAUUCAUCUAUGGAAAGUUUAAUGGUGGAGACAGUGCUGGAAAGUUUUAACUUUUUAAAUGCUGACUGUAGUGCUGAUGAAAUUUCAUUAUUUGGAAGCAUAAGAACAGCCAGUAUCAGCAGCACGUACAAUGACAACACGUUUCAGUCCCUGAACUGUGAACUGAAAAUAGAAGCAAGAGAUGUAACUACUGGUGAUGACAACUUAGAUGUACUUUUAAUAACUCAUCUGAAGCUGUGCAAAGCCCUUUUGCAGAAACUGAGGUCCCCAAAUGUAGCCCAGAUUGUCCAAGAGAACGUUUUGGAAGAAGUGUCAGAGCAGUCGCGAGUCCUGGGGGAUGUCUUGGAUCUGUCUGUUGAAGAAAUUAUUCAGAAGGCUAAGAAGAAGAAGCACUAUCUGAAAAUCUGGAGUGAUCUUGCAGAACCUGGCAAUAUCUUGUUUGCUGCAGCAGAAAGAUUCCAUCAUGCACUGAAGUACACAUUGGCGCUCAAAGUGAAGGAAAAAUACCCUGGCCAAUUAGAGUCAGUUUUGCGAAGAUUGCUGGAGCAGCUCGUCACCUGCGAUGGCUUGCUGCCCUCUCCAUAUCUCCAAACAGAACCCGUUACUUUAUUCCAGUUUUAUAGCUACCUGGAGAAGCACCAAAUUACCAGCCUGGAAAAACACGUAGGAAAACUUGCUAAAGAAGUGAUGCUAAUUGAGGAACUACAGUGCCCUGGACGGCUGAAGACCCUUAAAAAAUUGAAAGGAAAGCGUCUGAAUGGGCUCCAGCCUCUACCGCAGUCUUUGCGGCUACUUGGGAUUUUACAGCUUGAUGACAACCACCGCGUCAGCAAAGCAGCCACAUCCUGCCUCUCCCGUGCAGCAGCAAACAAGAACUUUAGGGAAAAGGCUCUCCUUUUUUACACUGAUGUUUUAGGUGGCUGUGAUGCAAGACUUCAGCAAGCUGCGUGUUUGGCCCUUAAGAAUCUCAGAGGCAUAGAGAGUAUUGAGCAGGUUGCCCACCUGUGCCAGUCUGAAACAGAGGAUGUAAGGAAUGCAGCCAGGGAAACAACGCUGUCCUUUGGUGAAAAGGGACGGCAAGCCUUUGAGAAAAUGGACAGGAUUUGCUGUGAACUAAGGGACACUGUGCAGCAAGAGGCUGAAAUUGAGAUCACGGUAUUUUAGUAGUGGAAUGUAAGGAGCUAAAUCACACUGCCCUCACAGCCACUUACAGGCACGCGAGGGUUUAGUUGCGUUGUUUAUCGGCGUCUCGUUUGCUCACACCCUGCUAUGUACGCGCUGCCCGCUGACAGUAGUUUUGUUUCCAGAGUGGACACAGUUUGCAAUCUAAAUCAAAUAGACUGGAAUCUUUUUUUUCUUCACUUUCAGCAUGAUCAUCUGAAAUGCUGAAGAAAAAAAACAAACUAGGGUCUGUAAGGAUGUAGAACCAGGCUGCUGUGUGAGUGCAGGCUGCAUCUCACAGGGCUGGCUGCCCCCGCACCAGCGCGGUCCCGUCCGAUCUGUUUUCCUGUUUGCGUUUCUCUGAGGAAUGAAAUGAUCCUCCUGCUGACAGCAGGUUAUUUACGUCAGCUGCCAUGUGAAUUAGAAAAAUCUAGCAGCAUUGUUUGGUGGUUGCUUUUUUUUAAUAGUUUUGUUGCAGAAGGAAAGCUUGUUAAAGCUUGUUGCUUCAAAAGCCUUUUUUUUUUUUUUUUUGUAAUCAGCGCAACUGAGGACAGGCUUGAGCAAGGAUGGGAGAGGACAAAUAGCGUAUAUCCUCAGCAGUGCACGAGGGGAAGUUAUUUAUCAUAUUAGCCACGUACAAAUCAGACUGCCCUAGGGAUAGAGCUGAGUAAGUUUUUUAGGAAAAAAAGCAUUUUAUUCCUUUAGUCAUAGGUUAAGAUUUUGUAUAACCACAUUCCCACUGUCAGGCUCCUUUCUCUCCACCUCCUUAACAUCGAGGAGGGUAACCAUGACGUGAAAUCUGGCUUCAGGUAAAAUACUUGAAAGGCUUGUGUGUAUAUAUUUUAUAUAUAUAAUACUUUUCUAUUCGGUAUUUAUUUGUUGGAUUUCAUACUUUCUGGACUUCUAAUAAAACUUUGGAGACAAA